AUGGUCGGAAGGAUACGCGACCCUUCCACUGGAGCCGUUCUGAGAGCAUCUGGCAAGAAAGACAGCCGAAACGAAGACCGAGAUGCGAAUCCGCUGAAUGAUGCCAUUCCCGGCGAAGUUGUCCGACGCAACGAAAAAGUUCAUAAAUCAGGACCCAGUGCGAAAGCUCUGGCAGAAACAGACUUGCAAGCUGUUCUGGCAAAAGGCUCCGGCACUCGAGAAAAGUGGCUGAAGAAGGCCUUGCAGCAGGUGCAGGAGGGGGACCUGUCGGCUGCAGAUGUCUACAACAUCCUCAAGGUGCCAGACUUCGCCUCAGACCUGAAAGAUAAGACAGGGAAGAGCAUGUACAAGUUUCUCAUGUCUCGGAUAUCCGUGUUCUCAAAGGGGCAACAGCGAUUCCUGCAAAAGGAAUGCUCUUUGGCUCAGCAAUUCGGCGGAGAAGGAGGUCAGGCCAUGGGCAGUGACGAAGUCAAAAUGCCCAAUUCGGCCGAGCCAAACCCAGAGGCUGCGGAGCAGAUGAUGGCACGCGUGCGAGAAUUCGUGCGGCAACAGCAGGGAGUGGAACUUGACCAGGCAGUAUCUGCCGUUCCGGAGCCUUUCGCGCCGCCAUCCCUUCCCAGGCAGGAUACAUCUGCAGUGGCGAGCAUGAUCGCCAGGGCGGCUUCGACAGCGGUGAGCUACCAGGCGGCCAGGGCGGCCUGGCCGAACGAAGUGAGCGAGAUGGCCCCGGACGCGCCCACGCAGGAAAAGGCGCGGAACGAAAGCGAAGCUUCAAGUCCAUCUCGAAAAGUCAAGAAGCUAAACGUCCUUCCUCCAGCUCUCAAAGCUCGAGGCGUCGCCGAAAGGAAUCGCGCUCGCGCUCCAGGCGACCUCAGCCCCAGCAUGAGUAGUGUUGAUUGCGGUUGGGGUUCUCGAUCCUUCCGACUUGGAGGGGCGAAUGGAAGAGUUCCAAGGUUUCAGCCCUAUGCCUCCGUGUCUCCAAACCGUGCGGUUUUAAGGGUGGGGGGCUCUUGCUUUUCGUUCUGUGGCGUCACUCCGGUUCCUUUCCCCCGAAGUUUGCGUCAGAGUGUCCAAAUCGUUUCCGGGCAUCAGGCCUCAGUAGGCUGA